CAUAGGUACAAAAAAAUGAUAUUUUAUUAAAACCUAUCUCUCCUAUAUAGGGGUCCAGAAAAAAAAAAUAAAUUAUCACGCAAGGAGAAAAGUCAAAGCUGCUAAGGAGAAAAGUCCUGCCAAGGAGAAAAGUCCAGCCAAAGGAAAAAAGUCCAGCCAAAGGAAAAAAGUCCGAGCGUGCAACAGCUCGCGCGGCGUGGGGACUGGUCCCGCUCUUUGUCGUGAGGAGUGGCAGCGGAGAAAGACACCGGGACAAAUUUCGCCCCUAGCGUUCAGACUUUCUGUAGCGUGCUCCAACCUCCGCACUUGUUAGUCGGACUGGCAGUAUGAUUAUGUUGGGGGCGCGCGAAUCAAUUGGGGUAGUUUUUGCGCCCCCGCACCUGUGCAAGGGCUUCCAACCAGGUAUGAAAGCAAUGGCGCACGGGUGCGCGUUUCGUCGAUUUCUUGCGACGAUACUUUUCAGGCCGCCGGAUACACCAAGAAUCUGCGCGACUCAUCGGCCCCCUUCUCACUUCCGAGAAGGGGGCGGAUGGCGGAUUCUGGCUGCCGUUGCUCCCGGUCCCGCAUCCCGAAGUCAAGGGGCUGGCUAUCGGAAGCCUUGCUCGGAAUGAAGAUAGGCUCGGUGGUGGGUUUUGCGUUGUGUUUGGUUUUGCGCUUUUGCACCGACGCGGGCGGCGAUGCCUCGUUGAGGUAAGAAAGGCGCAAAGCCAGAUCCGGUGCCCGCAAAAAGCGGAACCCAGGGAGGGCCGAAAAAAAAAUCUCGGCGCGCGCUGCGCGCGCGGAGAAAAUUUCUUGCAGCCGAACCGUAGGUCGUGUGGGUUUCGAAAUGGGCGAAAGGGGUUCGACAAACUCAACUCUCCGCAUUUGGCACGAUUCGGGCGCCUUCCUUGUGGGGCAACUUGCUUCUUCUCCGUGCGACGCACGCGCCCGCGGCCCCCCCGGCCCCUCCCAUUCAUGUGGAAAGCCUAAAAUUUUUCUCGCGCGCUGCGCGCGCUGGCUGCCCGUCCCCUCUUUGUUUCUCUUGGCCCGUUUUUUGCUCACGCGGGGGCCUCCUUGCUGCAGGGGACGACAAAAAAGUUGUCGCGCGCAACGCACACAGACACAGCCUGGGGCCCCUUCUUUGGGGGGCAAGCCCGUGCAGAAUCCGCUUUGCGCAAGCGGCCUUUGAUGUCCGUGCUUGUGUGGUUGGAGGGCGCCUGGUAUUUUUCGCGCGUACCAGGCACGCAGCCUAGCCUCGUCUCCUUGGGGAGCGGGGGAGGGUCUGAAAGAUCUCUUUCGCACACCGCGCACGCGGAAGCGCACCGAGCUGGCGCAAUUUCCCCCGUGCGUUUAUUUUCUCUGCGUGCGGGGGGGCCUGCUCUGAUUUGCUGCUCGGCGGAGAUGGGGCAGCAUGGCGUGCGCGAGGCGGUGCUGACUCUGCUUGCGCGGCACGGCGAAAGCAAAGACGAUGCGCAUGUGGCCCGGAAUUUUAUCCGGACCCGCGGCCUUGUUCCCUGUACCAGAAAAAAAAAAUUCUUCGCGCGCUGCCGCGCGCGCGUGCGAAUUUCGUCCGCCCGCUUGCGUGGCCGGCGAAGGCCACAAGUUUUUCGUUCGUUCUUGCUUGCUGCCCUAGAUCGUGUGGGCGCUGCUGAUUUCGUUGUGGGGCCUUUGCCGGGUUGCAGCGCGUGUGUGACACAUGGGGGGCCGGCUACCCGAGGGAGGGACCGUGCGUUGCCCUAGGGUGGGUGGUGGGUGUUGGCGGCGUGCCGCGAGUCCUUGGUGUUGCGCUUUUUUUUCGCCGUUCCUUACUUUCUUUUAUUUUUCCCGCAGUGCUGUGUUUAGCAUAGUGUAUUCUGGCUAAGGAUACCCUGGGAACAGCUCACGCGGUGCCAACAUAAGUCCCAGGCUGGCUGUGGAGGUGUUUUUGGUCUCGCGCAGAGAAUGGCUUGGUGCAGGACGCUGGGCGUUUUUCCCGUCGCGCAGUGUUUAGCAUAGGGCAUUCUGGCUACCCUGGGCGCGUCUUGCCCAUGAAAGGUGCGGGUCUUGAGGUCGAUUUUUGCCUCCGAAUGUAGCGGGGGGUCGGUGAGUGUAGCGUAGGGAGAGGCCCCGUAGCAGUGGUCCUGUUCCCGGAGACCGUUUUUUUGUGCCCUGAACGCAUUCGCCCCUCGUUUUCUCUAUAAGAAGCCCCCUUUUCCAAACAUCUUACUUAGGCAGUCGGGGCUUCUCGAGAUUUCCUUCAGAAGGGGACAUCCCUUCUUCUGGGCUUUCCGCGUGAUUCCCUUUGGGAAUUCCCUUCUCCUGGGUUUUUCGCAUGACUUCCUUUGCGAAAUCCCUUCUCCUGGGCUUUCCACAUGAUUUCCUUUGGGCAAUCCCCUUUCCUGGGCUUUCCACGUGAUUUCUUUUGGGAAAUCCCUUCUCCUGGGCUUUCCGCGUGAUUUUCUUUGGGACAUCCCUUCUCCUGGGCUUUCCGCAUGAUUUCCUUUGGGAAAUCGCUUCGUCCGGGUUUUCCGCAUGAUUUCUUUUAGGAAAUCGCUCGCCCCUGGGCUUUCCGCGUUUCUUUAUAGGAAAUCUCUUCCUUAGGAGCCGGCCGCUGAUCUCCGCGUUAACACGUAGUGGAGGCAAGCUCCUUCUGAUCUUCACUGCGAAACAGAGCGGAGACGAGCUCGGUGGCUAAGGUUUGGGUGGGAUAGGGUCUGUGAUAAGUAUCGGGGUUUCUCCUUUGAUAUGGAUCAGAGGGUCCGCGAUGUCGGACUUUUCUCCUUUGAUAUGGAUCAGACGACUUUUCUCCUUUGAUAUGGAUCAAAGGAGAAAAGUCCGGAUUUUUCUCCUUGCAAAGGAGAAAAGUCCGCUGGAUUGAUACCAGAGCGAGCAGCUCCUGGUGCAAGUCCUUCUGUUUUUGCUUCACAUCCUUCUGCUUUAGCAUCAAAUCCUUCUGCUUUAGCAUCAAAUCCUUCUGUUUUAGCAUCAAUUCCUUCUGUCUUAGCAUCGAUUCCUUCUGUUUUUGCAUCAAUUCCUUCUGUUUUUGCAUUUUUCUACAUAUCACGCGUGCUGUGAUAUCAACAGCACAAUCGACUUUUCUCCUUUUCUUCUUUGAUAUCACGUGAUAUCACGUGAUAUCAAAGGAGAAAAGUCUUUUUUCAAAGUUUAAAGACCCGACAUCCUUCCUUGAACUUGAUUGUCGUUUCCUGUUCUUAAUUUUCUGAGACGGCAACCCGCCACCUAGCCCUAGUGAUGUACGAGUAAUGAAAAUUGAUCAGUGAUGUUGAUACAAGGUAGGGGCUUUCUCUGCACGUCCGUAUGGUGAAGGCGUACAGACAUUCGCAUCUUCUAUCGCAUUGACUGAUCAUCGGACCUCAAAUUAUGCCGUGAGGUGCAAUACAGACCGAGCACGUGCGAAGAUAAAUUACGCGUUUUUCCUUCGUCACACCACUCCUGCUGCCAUCCAGAUUGCAGGUUGGCGGGCUACUUACACAAGAAGUGUGUGUCCUUUCUUGACUUCUAUUCCCUCGCUAUUUCAGCUGUGAUCGGAUCCCACGAGGUGGAGGACGACCGACGUGGACGGAAGCUCGGACUUGGCGGUCACAAAAAGGUCCACAUCGACUACUCGGAAGAGCAAACCCCUGUUCCUUUCUGAAUACUCAACGGAAGUACUAUAUGUUGGCGGCUCAACAGGAGUUCUGUCUGAACGCACCCGGGCGCCACAGCCAGCACUCUCGUACGCCUCUGGUUGGCGAUUUGUCACGAGUUAGUACAACAGCCGUUCUGGUCUUGUCAUCGUAUCCGAACGAACAGCAUGGAUCACGCACAACUCGAAGCCGAAGCGGCCGCGGGGCUUCGUGAGCAGCUCCGGCUCUUCAAUGGACAGAAAACACCGGAACAGGGUAUACUCGUGCUUUUCAAUGUAUGUUUGCAGCAAAAAUGAGACGCGAUCAUGUCGUAAGUAUUUUCCGUACGCGUCACGUUGCGUUCCGUCAACUUGCGCCUUGGCUUUUGCCUCCUUUGAUCUGUUUUUGCAACGUGAAGUUUUAUCGAUUGUCUUUAUUUAAUUUUCAUCGUCUACUAGUACUAUCUACAGCUGCUGCAGCCGGUGUCACGGUCCGAUCUUCCCCCUCGUCCAAGAUGGGCGCCCACGUUCAUCAUCAUCAGGCUGCGAGGAAGCAGCCACAGCAAACCGCGCCGAGGCGAUCCCAACAGCAAAACCAGGGCGGCCAGCAUUUCUACCACUACUCGCAACAGGCAGGCGGCGCAGCCGGACAGAGCCAAAAUUAUGAAUACCCGAAGCACAGCAACGCCAAUUACAACCAGCAGCGGCAGCAAACGACAUCUUCCGCCUCAUCGUGUAAAAACAGCGGCACCUCCACGACUACGUCCCAGCGCAACGCUACCACUGCGGCGAGUUGUAGUACCCAACAGAAUUAUGCGCCGCCCUUUCCGCCGGGGCUGCCUCCGGCUCUGGGGCCUUUGAUGCCAUCAAAGUAUGUCGCACCUCCGGCCACCGCGAACAAUACUUCCGUGAAUAACACCAGCGGAACUAUUUCUAGUUUCAACAAUACGAGUGGGUAUGAUUAUUCAUCGACAGCAAGCCAGCACCCGCAACCCGUGCAGCCGACUCGUCCACAACAUCCGGUACAACCCUACGCACCCCCUUGCGGGGGUACCCCUGCCCCCCCAGCAGCGUGCAGUAGUUUUUACAACGCGUCCGUGACCACCAACACAACCACCACAACGACCAGUAGCUCUUACACACCAAAGGCGCCGGCCCCGGGCUUCUCCUACCCUCCUGGAAUGAACUCAUGCGCCACCAGCAGCGGGAGUUCCUCUUGCAACCAAACGCCGAGCACUAGUUCGGGCACACAACAUCCGGCGAAUUAUGCAUACCCGCAGCAUCAAAUUCAAAAUCAAUAUGGCCAGGACCACGUGGCAGCAUCUGGAACUACCGCCCAGCCAUACAGUGUAGGAAACCAAUCGGAGUCCUCGCACCAGCUACCAGGAGUCCCAGCAAGUACAGCAUAUACAACUACACACGGCCUCCACCCGCAGGGCGGGGCAGCCACAACAUCGAUGGCGUCGCCUUCCGCGACGCACCAUGGCCACGAGUUUUACAGGCAGCACCACGGUGUUAUGGAUACCGUUGGUAGCAGUAGUUCAUCGACGCAGAACUACUACGGCCACAGCACCGGGAGCGCAGUUGUUGCAACCACAGACGGUCGCGGUCUCGGUUCUGCAUCUUCUUUUUCGCACCACGCCCAAGAACAGCGGCCGUCGAGAGCUGGAGGUGCCUACGAUCCUUCGUUUUCCUCAGACCACACAGGUGCUGGUCCAGCAUUGCACCACCGCGCUGCGGGAUCCUCACAGCACACUUAUCCGCCACCACACUCCGGGACCGCGUCUGCGGCUUCUUGCACUUCUUCGGUUGCUGCACCUCCGCAGCCAGGGGACAAUAGUUCAGGUACUAGACUGAGCACGCCAUGCGGGCAUUUUUACGGUAGUGCUGGUGCGAUUUCUGUAGAAGAACCUCCAUUGCAGCAGCAGAGCCAGCAAUAUGCCUCAGGCUCAGCUCCGUAUUGUUCGGCGGAAAGCAGAGAGGCUGGAGCGACACACGCCCGGGUAGCUGCACAAUACGGCUCGUACUAUCAGCAACCGGGUUCUACUGUCACCGGUGGAACUGCGGCACACCGGCAGCAAUUCAGUUCUCGACCUGCAAUGCCUUCGGAGACGACGAGUAACGAGCAUGAAAUGCAGCAGGCACAGCAUACAGUCACAAGAGAUGCGCACACGAACCAUGCAGCAGAGUAUCAGCACCACCACCCGUCGGAAAGUUACUACGCACAGUACCAGUACCAAACCGCGAACUCCUGCUACACUGCAUCUUCUUCCACGCAGAACUACAAUGCGGACACACAACAUCAAGCGCGCUGUCCGGAGACAGAAAUUGCACAGCAGCAGCAGGGCUUCACCAACUACGGAACAAGUAUAUCUUCGAAGCCAACUGGAACUGCAGACGUAUGUGCUACUGCAUCCAGUGGCGAGCUGCCGGUUGUGCACGACAGGAACUCUAGGGACAAUGCCGUGCAAGGAGCGAACAGCCACAGUGGUGUAACUACAGGCGCAGACACAAGAGUGCAGCACGCUGCGGCGCUGAACGCGCAGUCCAUUCCUUGGCACAGCGAGAGUAAGCAAUAUACCCAACAUCUUCAUACGGGGUGCAGUGCUGACGCUCACGCUGAUUCGCAAUUGCAGUCGCACACAUCGCACCUGCCGGAGCAAAAAUUUCAGGACGACAAGAGACAGCACGGGCAUGCGUGGGGUCCGCCGCCAACGAUGGCUGACAGGAACAUGGCGUCAAUUGCGAGAAACACAGGACACGACGUACAACAUAGUACACAGGCCCAGCUACAGCAAAAAGCGCAUCAAGCGCCUUCCUUCACGAUCGCGACUGGUGCACAGGAGGAGCACGGCAGUCAAGACGCCCAUCUUUCAGCACAACAUUUUCAUCGGGUUUCCGCGCAUGCGCGACAUCCCGGAAACUUCGCACAUGAAGACAGGUCCGCUACGCUAGCCGGCUCUGGAGGUCAAGGGGACGGUGUACCAGCGGGUAGCGAGGAAAAAUCUGUGCGAGGCAGUCGCCCGGAUACUUUUCAAACCGCGGUGGAGCAUCCAGCUGCUGGGCCGGUGCCUUACGUUUAUCGGGGCGAGCACUUUUAUCCAGUGCAGCCUCCUAGUACUUCUACAGGCGGCGCUUCGACGGCGAGUAAAUCACGAGCUAGCGGCAGCCGCGGAGGCAGCGGCCAAGGCCGUGUAUUUUCAGCUUCGUCUGCUUCUGCUAGAGGAGGUGGUGCCAAGACCUCCGCGCAAAAGAGGCACAUUCCUUCUGCCGAUCGCGGAACCUAUCACCACUUCAACAAAACGGGGCAGCAGAGGCAUCGUGAUUCCCGCCAGGGAUCUGCGCUUGGGGCGUACGGUGGAGGUGGGCAGGAAAAUCAAAGUGUGCACCAGCAGAAUUCCUCUUAUGACACCGGCGAAACAAAGUCCACAGGACAGCACACUGCUUGUGCGCAGCAGCAACAGCAGAACCAACAGAGCCACACAACGCAGAUGUCAUCUCAGGCGGAGUGGGCAGGCGAAUCUGCAAGCAGCAGUAAACCUCCCGUGCCUAGACCAGUGAGUUCCAACGAAUGUUCUGAGAGUUUAGCGCAGGAGUAUCCGCCUUGCAAAAGAGGUCAUACUGGUAUGACAGUAGCAGAAGCGCAGCAACAGGAACACCAACAGCAGGCUCGGUACUACGACUACACGACAAACAGGAGCGUUUCGUCGUAUAAUCCUCAAAAAGUUCUUGCCGCCCCGACUACUGCAGCGCUCCCUAGCGGCGCUACCGGCUACUACUCCGGUCCCACUGCAUCGGCUGCUCACGGCCCGCGCAGCUCAUCUUUCUAUAAUUCGGAGGGAACAACAGCGAAUGAUACCAGACAACCCACGAGCGGGACCACGCAGCAAGAGCAGCACGGGCACCAGAAGUCCAGCAGUUUCGGUGCCCGUUCUGUCACGAGCGCCACGGUAACAGCAACAGGAACUGUGCCAGCCCCAGAAAGUAGUGCUAGCACGGGUAGUUGUACAACUAGUAGCAGUGCUGACAAGGGCUCUGGAAAUGAAGACACAUCAGCUGCGUUCCACACUGGUCGUGCUCCGCCGCCCAAGGUCGAUGACAGCGUGUACCAAUUCAUUUUGGACUUGCGUGACCAUGGAAAGCGCGAGGCUGCUCUGUUUGAGCUGAGUCGGCGGCGCGAGACUCUGUUUGACCUCGCGCCGCUGCUGUGGCACAGUUUCGGCACGGUGGCCGUGCUGUGUCAGGAAAUCAUUUCUGUGUAUCCCUUUCUCGGCUUUUCUACAGCGGCCUCCGCCUACUCACCAGGAGCCGCAAACAAGAAUUCCUGCGCGGGUCCACCCGGGGCCGGUGCAUCGCUCGGCGCGCGCAUUCCAGAUUCCUCAAAGAUGAUGAAAGCCGCGACAGUACAACCAUCCGGCACCGUAGGCGAAGACCGGGCGCGCGGCUCUGCUGGUGGCCCCGCUGCUGGAGAUGAACAAGUACUAGCCACGGCCUCUUUCGCUUCGGUCAUAGCGGGAAGCAAGAGCACUACCAAAACACCGAGUUGUACUUCCUUUGUUUCUGCGACCACGGGAACAACGGCGAGUGCACAAAUGAGCACCUCCUUGGAACAAGGUCACACACUGACUUCCUGGAUGAAACUUAAUAAGCACGACGAGGAGCCGCAGCCGGCGCACUCAGAAAAACAGUUACCGAGCGCUUCCGGGACAAGGGCGGUAGCCACGCACCAGCGACCUCCGAGGCCGGGCAAUGCGGCCGCGGCGGUAGAAGCCCCAGCUGCAACAACUACAACAGAGGGUGGCAAAAUAAAAGAGCAAAGAAAGGCGAAAACACGUAGAGUUCCGAAGCCUCCAACCCUGACCGCGCAAAGUUCGAAUCGUGUGUGCAAUGCGCUGGCGUUGCUGCAGUGCAUGGCGAGUCAUAUGGAGACACGGCCUUUGAUUCUGAGGGCGGAGCUGCCGCUUCUGCUCUUUCCGUUUUUGAACACCGAAACCAAGGCGCGGCCCUACGAGUACCUGCGGCUGACCUCGCUGGGGGUGCUGGGCGCACUGGUGAAGGGGGAUGACCCCGACGUGCUGGCCUUCCUUCUGCAGAAGACGGAAAUCAUUCCGCUGUGCCUGCGCAUCAUGGAAACCGGCACCGCCCUUUCGCAGACGGUGGCCACUUUUAUUCUGCAAAAGCUUCUUCUGGAUGAGCGCGGACUCGCGUUCAUUGGCCAGAAGCCGGAGCGGUGUUUUCACGUGUUUACUGUGCUACGCCAGAUGGUGCAGGCCCUCGUGCGCGACCCCGCGAUUCGGCUGCUUAAGCACGUCGUCCGGUGCUACCUCCGGCUUUCCGACCACCCGCAGGCGCGCGAGGCGCUGCGCGAAACCCUUCCGGACACUCUGCGGGCACCACCCACGAGUCUCCUCGAAAUGCUCCGGAACGAUAACACGACGCUGCGGUGGCUGCACACACUGUGGCAGAAUCUCGGCCUGCGUGACACAAGCUAGUUCGGAGAACGUUCAUCUGCUGUUUCUGAUUUUUUGGGGACUAGGCAUAGAAGUGAGUUGUACUCAGCACGUCGGGCAUCAUUCUUCUAGCGCAAAGUCAACGAAAAUGAUUACUGGGACGCGACCUUGUUCCGGUAUUCCCAUCUUUAGACAUGGUUAAUAAGCAUAGUAAAAAUCUACCAUCAAAUGAUGUCUCACUGUAUCGGCAUCUAAAUUUUUUCAAACACAAAGAUUGCGAUGAAAACAAAAUUUGAAAGACGAUUCAGGAUAUAUGAUUCUAGGUCGUAUUUUUCGUAUUACUCGAGAAACUGAUCACCGAAAACCGGUUGCUCGGCAGCCAGAAACUGGCUUUAUCUUACUGCCUCUAUUAUUAGCGAGGAAUCAAAUCAAACGAAAUUAUUGCCCACUAAGCAUACAACUUUCAUCUCUGCUCGCCUCUCGCGUGCUACUGGGUUAGUUACGGUCUCCACCAAUAGAGAUUUUUUGUCACCUGCUUCUUCUAGCGCAUCACUCUUUCGCAGACGUAUCCACAGCUGAAAUCGGUUGUGGAAUGCGUCAGCACGUUAUCUAUGUCAGACUCAGAGCUCCCUGAAAAAGAAAAUUAUGGAAAAAAGUUCAAGUUUUUCAAAACAUUUAUGCCGUCUUUAUUCCUUCGCAAGAGGACGAUUUUUAGCUUGCUCACGCUUUCCAAGUUUAUUGUCUUCGAGAUAGUUGUUCCUUUUUAUCCGACCUGGCUUUACGCAUCGUGCGCGACACGACCGAGUGAGGGGUUUUGUUUUAUCUCGUUUACGAUUUUUUCAGAAUAGUUCCACAAGAUUGAUACACUACGGAUAUGGAAUCACUCCACUUGAUGUUUACUGCUGAUUCUCUAACAGUCUCUUCGUACAGUACUUGUCCGCAGUACUCCCAAAACAAAGCGAUUUGAUAUUUUUUUUGUUACAGCCAAGUGCACUUCAGAAGACGAGAGACCUGUGCACAGAAGCGAAUAAAGAACUUUUUAUCGCCAUUUGUCGUAGUUGCGCCGGCACCUGCGUCUAUGGCUGUUUUAUUCUUCGGAAGGGUGUAAAUUCAUAGAUGAUAGGUGCGAGGUUCUUCUACUUGCUGGGUGUGACCGCAACCGCAAGUAGAGAAAACUGCCAGCGACCAGUAUUUUCCGGCGGUCUCUCCGAGCCUGAAUGUGCCGGCAGCUCUCUUGUUGAUUUAGAAGAACAAUCUGCCCGAGAAAUAAAAUAUAAACAGACUCCGCUUUUACAGUAUUUUCGAAAAUCUUAUGUCGUUAUGCCCACCGCCACCGCCUACAGCAACUCAAUCUUACCAUGGCGGCCGCGGCUGACAUAAUUUCUUUUAGUCUCGGAAACUAAACUAACUCCAAAAAAAUGAAUCACGUAGCUGCAGCAGGAUGUGAGGUGGCAUCUACACAAGAACCCGAAGUGGCUUCUGGCUGCAACGACACACAAUUACUUUGGUCCUCUGAAUACUUUGCGCAAAUGAACACCACGCACCACAGCGACACCGACAAAACCGCCAAGCGCCACCAGCUUUUGAGAUUAGCAAAUUUUGAGGAUGGCUUUUUACAGAUUUGACGCAAUUGCGUCUAUUGCAU